GCUCAUUGGCGGACGGCGGCCCGAGGGGGCGGGACUUCCUCUUCAGUUCCUAUUUCCGGUUGGGGGGCGCGCAGAGCUCAGCUGGAAUUUGCCCGUCGGCUCGAGGCUUGCGCCCCUCCCCCUUGGCCGCCAUGAGCCUGCAGUGGACGGCCGUGGCCACGUUUCUCUACGCCGAGGUCUUCGCCGUCCUGCUCCUCUGCGUCCCCUUCAUCUCUGCACCCAGAUGGCAGAAAAUCUUCCGGUCCCGCCUGGUCCGGCUGGUGGUGACCUACGGGAACACCUUCUUCGUGGUGCUCAUCGUCAUCCUCAUCCUGCUGCUGCUUGACGCCGUGCGCGAGAUCCAGAAGUACGACGACGUGACGGAGAAAGUGAAUCUGCAGAACAACCCGGGCGCCGUGGAGCAUUUCCACAUGAAACUCUUCCGCGCCCAGCGCAACCUCUACCUGGCCGGCUUCGCCCUGCUGCUCUCCUUUCUCCUGCGCCGGCUGGUGACGCUCAUCUCCCAGCAGGCCACGCUCCUGGCCUCCAACCAGGCGUUCAAGAAGCAGGCGGAGAGCGCCAGUGAUGCGGCCAAGAGAUACAUGGAGGACAACGACCAGCUGAAGAAGGAACUGAAGCAGGCUGGCGUGGAUGUCAGAGAGCAGCCGGCCGAGGGGCCGGGGGCCGCCGGCCAGAACGAGGUGCUGAAGGAGGAGCUCAAGCAGCUGAAGGAGGAGCUGGCCUUGAGCAAGAGGGAUGCGGCAGGAGGGACCCAAGGACAAGAAGGAGGAGUGACGGCCCCUCCCCUCCCCCCUGCAGCCUUGGCUGUUGCUUUCUGUAGGCGGAGCCUCUCGUGGACCACGCCCCCAGCUCCUCCGUGGGUGGAGUCUACAGUAUUCGGUGCGGGUCAGGCUCCCCUCCCUUCCCCCUCUGCUCGCAGGAGGGGGGGCUGCUACGCUUACCCCAUCACUGGGCUGUGCCCAUUCCAAGCAGGGGUGUCAAGCCCCUGUGCCUCAGUUUCCCCUCUCUGUGACCUGCUCUUUCCCCCUCUCCUGAGCUGGGUGACCCCUAGAUUUCCCCAUUGGAGCAAAGGUUUGUGGGGAGCUGUGAUUCUCCCCUCCCCCUCAAGCUGUACUCCUUCCUUGUAAGCCCUGUGUUUCUGGCAGGGGCCUAGCGCCCCACCCCCCCGGCCUUUUUUGUUACUGGGGCCGGGUCUGUAGCGAUCUGAGCUUUGCCUUCAAUAAAGGGGUCAGACGCCA